AUGACGUCGGGCGGGAAUGCCCCUCCUCUUUGUGCCAUCCUGUCUGCGGCCCGAGAGGAAAAAGCCCGCCAAGAUUUCGGAUUUUUCAGAGGACAUCAUCUUAUCGAUAAAGGGUUCUUGCGGAUCGCAAUUGUCAUUUUUUGCAGUGUUGAUCACCCUUUACUUUACCAAGACAGUGCGACAGGCUUUGACAUUCAGCUACUCGAACCUGAUAUUGGAGCGGAGCAGCAAUCCGAAAUUCUGGAGAACUCACUUCCUUUCCGUUUCAAGGCUGGUGGUGACGGCCAGAGGCGUGCUAAAAUGGCGGCCACCGCCACUCAACAUCACCAUCGUUCAACAACGAAAACGGUCAACAAAUCUUUCAAGACUCGCCACGCGUCCAAGUCGGCCCUCAAAAAUCAGGCCAAGGGCAAAGUUGAGGCAUUCGAAGGUGGCUCCCGAAAGACACCGCAUCAGCAAGUCAUGUCGAAAUUCGAUCGUAAGAAUAGAGCCAAGCAGCGACGGAUCAAUCAUCACGCUCGUAAAGAGGAAGAGGGCUCAUUGUUUGCUGGCAGAGAUGGAGCGCCAAGAAUUAUCGCUAUCAUACCCCUUUGUGAUGAUGUGAAGCAGGACGAGAUAGUCAAGACACUGAACUCAAGCGUUGAUGUUGAGGACACGCGAGACUCGGCAUCCGGGCCUUGGAGGGUGGAGAUCCCGCGCUUCAAACAGCGCGUUCAGUAUCUGACCCCAGCCCGCGACCUACUAUCUUGUCUAGAUGCUUGCAGGAUGGCUGAUUUUGUGCUCCUCGCACUCAGCGCACACAAAGAAGUCGAUGAAAAAGGCGAACGGAUUUUGCGCUGUGUUGAAUCGCAGGGCGUGUCCACUGUGUUGACGGGUAUCUAUGGUCUGAACACAAUCGAGCCAGCAAAGCGGAGACCUGACGUCUCCAAAAGCCUCAAGAGCUACAUUACCCACUUCUUCGCUGCGCAGGAAAAGCUUCAUGAUUUGAGCAGUCGUCAAGAUUGCAGUAACGUCAUGCGCAGUCUCUGCACACUGACCCCGAAGGGAAUCCGCUGGCGAGAGGAUAGAAGCUGGAUGCUUGUUGAAGAGUUCAAUACCGAGAACGGCGAGACUGUGGUGACGGGAGUUGUAAGGGGGCGAGGCUUGAAAGCAGACAGACUUGUCCAGGUUGGCGAAUGGGGCGAUUUCCAGAUCGCAAAAAUAUCUGCUGCGCCACUCACACGAAUUCUAAACAAGCCAGCAACGGACACCAUGGCCAUAGAUGCAACUGCAGAGCAGGAAUUGCUUGAGGAGCCCUCUGAGGAACAGGAUGAUCUGGCAGAGCUUGCUCCUGAAGAAGCGACUAUGGACGACACAAUGGCUGUAUCCGUUGCGCCUUCAGAACGGAAAGCUGUCCUACUCGACGAUCAUCACUACUUUGACGAUGAUGAGCCGAAUGAUUCCAAUGCACCGAAGCGUUUGCCGAAAGGGACUAGCAAGUAUCAAGCAGCCUGGUAUCUCGGCGACAUGUCUGAUUCAGGAUCUGACAUGGAAGACGUAGAUGACGACGAUGAGCUUGAACCGGAUGCCGACUCUACUGCAUUAGGUCCGGCCGACGGGCACUUUGACAACGUGAUGCAGGAGCCAACAGAGUACGGUGGUCCUUCUGAGUAUCCACAGAGCGAAGCAUUCUUAGAUCCCGCGCCAGAGGAGGAAGCAGACCAACUAGAAGCCUACAGAAGGCAACGGCGCGAAGAAGCAGAAGAAGAUCUCGAGUUCCCCGACGAGAUCGAGCUUCAUCCAGGGGUACUUGCUCGAGAGCGACUGGCGAGAUACCGUGGCUUGAAGAAUCUCAGAACAAGCGCGUGGGAGAUGGAAGAAGAUAAGCCGUAUGAGCCAGAAGAAUGGAGUCGUCUCUUAGAAAUUGCGGACUAUAAAGCGGCCAAGAAUCGCGUCCUGAAGGAGUCACUCAACGGGGGUGUAAAGCCUGGUACUCGGGUCAAAGUCCACCUGAUAUUGUCGGAAAAGCAACAGCAAGAGGUUGCCUCUCUUCCUCGGCCAAUGUCGUUGUUCUCGUUGCUGAAACACGAACACAAACGCACUUCCAUCAACGUUUCCAUGUCAUUAUCUUCCAAUUAUCCUACACCGCUCAGGAGUAAGGAGGAGCUCAUCCUACAGUGUGGUCCACGACGACUCGUUAUCAACCCACUUUUCAGCCAAUUGGGAAACACUCCGAACAAUGUGCACAAAUUUGAUCGCUAUUUGCAUCCAGGGCGCACUGCCGUGGCCACCUUCAUCGGCCCUAUGACGUGGGGUAGCGUGCCAUGCCUCUUCUUCAAGACGAGCAACUCAAAACCAGCCAGUGAUGAGAUUGAAGAUCUCGCUCAGGCCAUACGGUUGGAUACUGAGGGCACCAGCCUGCAAUUGAUCGCAACAGGGACCUUGCUCCCUCCUUCCACUGGCCGUGUCAUUGCCAAACGAAUCACCCUCACCGGCCAUCCUUAUAAAAUCCACAGGAAGGUGGUCACAGUCCGAUACAUGUUCUUCAAUCAGGAAGAUAUUGCGUACUUCCGUGCGUUGGAAUUAUGGACGAAACGUGGUCGCAGUGGACAUAUUAAGGAGGCACUGGGAACUCACGGUUAUUUCAAGGCAACGUUCGAUGGUAAGAUCAACCCUCUGGACUCCGUGGCCAUCAGUCUUUACAAGCGUGUGUGGCCCAGGCCUUCGCGUUUCUGGAGGCCAGACGCAGACGAACCUUGA